AUGGUGUAUUCAAGCGUAAGCGUCUCACCUCUAGGCGGCGAUAUGCCAAAGAUGGCAAAUGAAAGGAUGCUUGACACUUCUGACUUACCUGUGCUGAAACCACAGAAAAUGGAUAGUGAUGCUACAAUUGUAGCUGUUGGCUUCAACUCGACCAACUUGGAAAAGAUUGUUGAUCAAAAAGGAAGAGCAGUCAAAGUUCCUUUUGCAUUUACAUCAGAAGACGUUCAGAAUGUCGUCAAAGCCGUACUUUUUCAAUAG